GGCUGAAUUUCCAUUGACAGGUAAUGUGGUGGACUUCGUUCCCUAUGUUUGUGGGAGUCCGAAUGUAAGAGUCAAAUAUAAGGCAUGCUCUCCAAAAAAUGAUAUGCCACCCAAGCCUUGAUUCGUCCCUUGCUUUUUCCCUGAUUCAAUUUUGGGCAGCCACGAAAACAUCCGAGAGGCGGACUUUGCUUACAAGUCAAAACCAACCUUUCGCUCUUGGUACAACAUAUUAUUACAGCAAGACUAGUAGACACUUGCUUUGUGAGUAUAGGAUGACGAUGUGUAGGGAGUAUAAUAACUACUUCUACGCAGAUGCAGAGAGUGGAGAAGAACAACUUGGGCUUCCUGGCCGUGUGUUCCUGCAUAAGUUCCCAGAAUCUGCUCCACGUGUGAUGCAUUACUCUCUUAAAGAGUAUCCACAGCUCGACCUUGCUUUACGUUGCAAGAUAAACGGAUCUUGGGCUCUGCCAGUGCUUGAACGUUCCAGCCAAACCUAUGUUGGGGUACUUGAGCUAGUGUCCGCAAGUUACGCGUAUUUAGGUUCGGACAAAUCUUUCAUGGACCACCUAGAUGAUAUUUUUCAGGAGUUUGGUCUGCAAUGUUCUAAUGGAUAUAAGCACUAUGAAAUGCAAUGCAGGGAUGAACAUAAAGCACUUACAGCUGCCAUCCGGGAACUCAAGAUGGUGUUGAGAUCAGUGUGCAAAGUUCAUGAGCUACCCUUGGCUAUGACAUGGGUCCCUUGCAGUGCUUGCAAUGGUUUAGUGCGAGGCCAACUCAUGUCCAAGGGUGUAGAAUUUCGUGGGAACAGAAAUGGUGCAUGCAAAUAUGCCGAGCUUGAGUUCUUAAAAGUAAGUAAAUGUAGUCACUUCAGAAAUGGACGUGUGAUAGGGUGGGCACUUUCAUCUCCUAACAUGUUAUAUUGCUCGGACAUAACCCAAAUCAGCUUAGCUGUGUACCCGUUGGCACCCUAUGCACGUCGGUGCGAAUUCCACGGUUGGUUUGCAAUAGGCUUGCAGAGCAGUUACACUGCGAAAAAUAUUUAUGUACUAGAGUUUUUUUUGCCCACGAGCUACAGAUACGUUGACAACUCAUGGACCUCAUUGGGCUUCAUAUUGAGAACGAUGGAGGAAAAGUUUAAAACUUUUAAGCUUGCCUCUGGCCAAGAAUUUGGGGAUUUAUUAUCUGUUGAAGUUAUGGAUUUUCAGAAUGGUCAGAAACUUCAUUCUGUUCAACUGAUCCAAGCUACUAGAUUUUCUCCUAGUCUUGAACCCUUAAAGGAUGGAGGAGUGAUGUUGCAGCUAGGUCAACUUGAUCAGCCAUCAAUGGAUGCCAUAAACAAUGGAAUGAAUGUCGUUGGUGAAGAACAAAACAGCACUUUGCCUAGUCUUGUACACUUGCAGAAUGGAGAAGUGACGAUGCAACUAGAUUCAUCUCAUCGGCCUUCUGUUCAACUGAUCCAAGCUACUAUAUUUUCUCCUAGUCUAGAGCCCUUAAAGGAUGGAGGAGUGAUGUUGCAGCUAGGUCAACUUGAUCAGCCAUCAAUGGAUGGCAUACACAGUGGAAUGAAUGUCGUUGGUGAAGAACAAAACUGCAUUUUGCCUAGUCUUGAACCCUUGCAGAAUGGAGAAGCGACGAUGCAACUAGAUUCAUCUGAUCAGCUGUCAAUGGAUUCUUCAAACAAUGGACAAAAUGUUGUCAUUACUGCAAAACAAAACAGCAUUGUGGUUUCUAGUUCAGAAGAAGGCAAAAGAAAGAAGCAAGAAAGAGAACACAACAAAACUGGAGUUAGAAUUCAAGUUUCUUUAGAGGAUAUCUUUAAAUGUUCGAAAAUGAGCCGUAACAAUGCUGCAAGAAAACUCGAAGUUAGCAUAUCUACAUUGAAGCGUGUUUGUAGGGGUUACGGUAUCCAUCGGUGGCCACCUCGCAACAUAAAGAAAGUCCAUUCCUUUCGGCCCUUGCCUGUUGAGAACCAGGGACAAACCCCACAACUAAGUUCUGAUUUGCCUUCAAAUCAAGCCUCAGCUAGUGUUGCUCACAUAAAGCCUGCAUUCGAAGAUAUAGAUAUGGUGACAAUUAGGGCAAAAUAUGACAAUAAUACGAUAAAGUUUCGUCUGUCUUUGUCGUCUACAUUAGUGGAGUUGCAGCAAGAAGUGGCUAAGAGGCUGAACCUAAAAGCUAGUACUUACUAUUUCAAGUAUAAAGAUGAGGAAGAUGUGUUGAUUUUAAUAGCUUGCGACGAGGACUUACAAGAUUGUAUACUCACUUCUAGAUCUCUAGGCAACACUUCGCUUGUGGUACAACUUGAGCCAAAACAGCCAAUUACCCCACUCAUCACUAGCUUCAAUACUGCUAAUUAAGCAUUUAUUUGCAUGUUUUGUGCAAUUUGAGGGGGCUGUGGGCCUAAAGACUGGCAUUUGAUGUGGAGAAGUUGGGGGUUCCUCUUGAUUGGCAUUUCAUUUGAGGAGAUUAAUACUCA